UUUAUCGAUUGAGGCAGUAAGAAGCCUGCCGGGUCAGCUAGUUAAAAAUAAAAACAUUAAAACAACAGAGCCAGAUGUCGAACGUUGCCGAACGCAGGGGCCGAUUGUGCCUCUUUGUCGUUCGUUCCGCAUUAUCGCUUGCAGUUCAAGCUAGGUAACGCCCCAUGAGCAAGAUAAAGCCGCAUGACCAAGACACCACAGCAUGAGUAAGGUAACGCUGUAUGAGCAAUGUCACGCCGCAUUUUUUGGUGCGUGCAGCCGGCUACAUCGAAUUAUAAAACGUUAUCACGCCAAAAAUAUUUAUACAUAUAAAAAUCGUGCAAAAAUAAAAAACUGACAAUAGCAUGAAUAUGUGUACAUCUGUAUGUAAGUUUACCGUACGCUUGAUCAGGGCUCAGGCAAAGACAAACCGACAUCGUUGCUACGUGUAUAGGAGCAAAGACUACGCAAAGUCGUAGUUGCUCGCCCUUACAGAUCGUCACUAUUAUUUACCUCUUUUUUCUUUUCACCCCACCGACCGCCUGAUUGUGACUUUAUCUUAUUACUUACUCAAUGUAUGAACUCAAGCAUCCAUCAUUUGUUAUUGAAAUAAUGAAAAAAUAAGUGAUUUGCUUUUAAUAAGGGCAUAUGUCGGCGUGUCUCGAGCGGAAUAUUCGAACACCAAUACCUUUCCUGUAAAACAUCAGACGUAAUGUAUACGUAGGGAAGACUUGAAGCGGUUAUCUACUUAACUGUUUCAGGUAAUUUUUCCGGAAUUAUCUGAAUAAAUAACUAUAUACAUACAUAUGUACGAGUAUGUUGUGAAUGAAAUAAAAAUUGCCGUUUUGAACAUUCAGAUCACAUAAAAGAAAGUAGAUUUUCACAAUCUAAUGCAAAUAUAAAGAAUGGAUACGCCAACAAAAUAGCAGAUUUUUUUAAUUGAACAAAUCCGAUCGCAUAACUCUGCAACGCUCAAUAACUUUUCGAUCUGUAGUGCGAUUCACUAACUCUUAUCGAUUCGACAAUUGUUAUUUUUCUCUUCAGUAUUUAUCGAUUGCACUGUCGAUUGUGCUAUUCACUAACUUAUGUUAACUAACACUGAACAGCUGUUUUCUUCUAUUUAUUCAAACUGAUAGAGAGUGGCAUCUUUGUCAAAUUAAAUGUCAGAAUGAGCGAAUAACAUGAAGAAGAGAAACAAAAAAACAUAGACGCCAAACUGUUAAAUGCAAUUGUGAGUGUUUUUUACCAAUAAUAUAUGUACAAAGUAAGUACAAUAAAAUAACUGUUUAUUUCAAUUUAUUGUUUUAUUAAUAAUUUUUGUAUAUUGCUUUAGGAUGACAUCGACAGCUACCAAAAGAAGCCGUGCCACAUCCGAGCAGCUAAAUCGCCUGCUUGACUACCUAAUGGAAGUCCCGGGCCUAGCAGGAUCUAGGUUCCACAGCCUCCAUGGUAAGUACGAGUGCGACAAAAAGUGGAGCGAGCUAGCAACAAAAUUAAAUAGUCUGGGUGGAGCAGUGAAGACGGUGAAUCAAUGGCAAACGGUAUGGCGGGACUUAAAAAGCCGCACCAGCAUUAAAGAACGGAAUCGGCGAAGGCAACAAGCUUUAACUGGAAACAGGCCAAUCAGUGAGGAGCCCCUAACGGAAUUCGAGAGGCGGGUGUCUGCUCUUAUAGGGGAGGAGUAUAUGAAGGGCCACGAUUCAAACCCUGAAAAUAUUCCACUGGAGGAGGUAAUCCAAAUGGGUAUCGAAGUGGAAGAUGAAAGGGUGAUUUCGGAAGCCCCGUCGCCUUUACGGACGCCACUGGCAGAGAAUUUCACGCUGAGGUCAGGUAAUUCCCAUAUCUCAGACAGGAGAACUCCAUGGGCGAGCUUGAAAAGAAAACGCAUGGAAGAAGACGGUAAUGCUCGGAAGAAAUUUUUGGAAAUAGCAGAAAAACAGGCAGAUGCACUAAAGAUGCUAGCCCAGUCGAGUAGAGAAACAGUAGAAGUCGCGAAACAACAAGCAGAUGCUUUAAAGAUCUUAGCCGAAAGCAGCUCUGCAAUUGCUCAGGCUAAUAAAAUGAUGGCGGAGGCAAUAGCCGUAUUGGGGAAUGGAUUAAGCGCUACAGCAGAAGCAUUCAACAAUCUAACGAAUGCAAUCUAUCGUACGUAGAUUAGAAACCAAUUCCGCAGUUCCUUUUUAUGUGCAUACAUACCAAAUGUUUAUUUUAGUACCUGAAGUUACUUUUUAUUUGAAUUUUAUAAGUAAACAAGCUGUGGUAAUGUUAAGUAACAUUAAUUAAAUGAAUUAGAAUGUAUUGUUUUCGUUUUUACAAAUAGACUGACCUUUGAAUUUAUAAAC